UCUGGCGCAAUUCCAGUGACCAUGGACGAUUACCAACGUUUCCUCUAACAUCAUAGAACGUUGAUUCCUAAUGCCGUCUCAUCACCACACCUGUAGUAUUAACCUGAAUGCUUCAUAAUGUGUUGCAGAUACAGAACAGAUGAGGUGGAGGUCACCUGGAGAGACUGACAACUGCAUUUCAGCUAUGAAAAAGCAAGCAGCUGUGAAAAAGAGGACGUUUGCCACAGGAAAUGUGAUCUGACAGAAUUGCUAGGCUGAGGUUUUCACCACUGUGAUGUUAUACUGGCAUAAAUGUCUGUUUUUGAAAAAGGGCUUUCAUGUGUCUGUUUUUUUUUUCAAAUGAACUUGACAGCUGUUGGAGAAUGAAUGAAUUAAGUACUCAAUACCAUUAAUGUCAUGACGGGGGAAAAGGUUUUACAUAUAAAAGCUUCUUGAGAAAGUUUUUCCCACUUCAGACCCCAUCUACAAAUCCAGUAUGGCAAGGCACUAAGAGCCAACUCUUCAUUGUGAAAUUUUAUAUUGUAGCAUUCGAGUGUCCGAUCAAGGUGUCAUGGUGACACCCAAUUUAAAUGACUUCAAAGACCUGUUUGUAGCUAGAUGUACGAUCAGAGACAUUGCCAGCAGGGUGUACCACUGAAGAUAAAACCUUGACAUUACCAAGUUAUUUCAGACACAGGAAGUGUUUGUUAGAAUUUUCACACUUCUGCUAUCGUCUUCAACUCACUCCCUCUUCAUAACCAUAAGCUGCAGCUUCACAGAACCCUCAUCACUGCUCGGCACAACAGCAGAUAAAGAUGUCUGAAGAGAUUGUCUACUCUGCGGUAAAGUUAAAGGGUAAUAGUAGAGAGUCAGAGAACACAGGAACUAGAGAGCAUGGGAAAGGAAAGGAACAUAUUGGUGAUGUUGAAUACGGUGCUGUCACCUUCAGAAGAAAUGAAAUGCAUAAUCAAAAACAACAUCCAACAGGGUGUCGCAACUAUUUCAGGCUAGCUGGUGGCGCUCUCUUUAUUCUGCUUAUAUGUGCGGCCGUAGUUCUAUUCAUAAUGUUUUCAGGCUCUUCUGGAGGUCAGUGCUCUGAUGGCUGGGAGUCCUUUAGUGGCAGUUGUUAUUACUUCCCUCAUGAUGCAUUGAACUGGACUGCAAGUAGAAAUCAAUGCAUGUCAGUUGGUGGGCAUCUGGUGAUCAUAGACAGGAAAGAGGAACAGAUCUACAUCACACAGAAAAUAAACAAAUCAGAGAAUGACUUUUGGAUCGGUUUGACCGAUUCUGAGAAAGAGGGCCAGUGGAAGUGGGUGGACAACACUGAUCUCAAACUCAAGUUCUGGCAUAAAGCCCAACCAAACAACUCAAAAGGGUUUGGCAACCAUACCACUGGAGAGGACUGUGGCAUAGUGAGACACGUGACACGCAGUGAGCGCAACUGGUUUGAUGAGUAUUGUGGUUCACUUAAUAACAGAAUAUGUGAAGUCUAGUCCAAGCUAACUUAGAAACAUGGAAAGUCCUCAUUCAGGUUGUCUUAUAUGUGGAAUUCUUAAAAAGCAGGAAAUGAUUUUUAAUAUUUGAAUGAUUAAUCAAUUAAAUUCAUUGUUUAUGGAUGGUGAUACAAAGCAUUGUCCAAGAUAAUGAAGUAUUUUAACAUAUAGGCUAUUUACACCUGGCAUUAAAAUGCAUCCUGUAUCCUGAUUGUAUAUAGAUAUGAUUUUAACCUGAUAACCUGUCUUCAGAAACACGUAAUAACGUAUUUCCGCCCACGCAGUUGUUGUAUGUGGAUUGAUAAGAAGUAAAAGAAGGCGGUUACAUGAAAAGAGGGAAGUAUUUUGCCAGAAAGGAUGAAGUAGGGGGGAGAAGACCACCCUUCAUUUUGGCCUUGAAAAGGUAUCAGCGUGAUACUGACAUCCAAGUAUGGACAUCAGUUUGCUGAUAGGAAAGGAAUGAUUGAACUUUCUAGAAGGGGUCUCUUCCAUGCUGGGGUAUAAAGAAUACAGGAUUAGAGGUUGUGCUUGGGAUUCACUAGGCCAUUUUUACAGUUACAGUGCCCUCCACAAUUAUUGGCACCCC